ACUAUUAUUCUACAAUGUAGAAAAUGGUUAAAAAAAUAAAGAAAAACCCUUGAAUUAGUAGGUGUGUCCAAACUUUUGAUUGGUGCUGUACAUUUAUUUCUUUUAUAGACCUAGAUGCUUAUUUUGAUAUCAUCUGUCUGUUUGACUGAAUGAAUCAGAAAUUGCUUUAAAUGUAGAUGUUUAGUUUGUGUGAAGUUUGUUUUAAAUUCUCACUCAUUAAAAUUCCAAACUAAUAAAUCAACACAUGCUUCUUUAUACAUCUCAAUAUAACAUUAUUUAAUGAAAUACAUUUAAAAAAAUAAACUUACAUAAAAAAAUUUAAAUACAUAUUUUCCUUAACUGCGUUGUCUACUCCAGUCAGCAGAUGGCGAUCUUUCAGGUAAUGCUGCUGCGUGACGUAUAAUCUAGUGGACGGGACGCUUCCUCAACAACAGCAGCUAGUCAGCCACGUCGGUAGCUUGCUAGCCAACAUUGCCGAAACAUUCAAACUCUAUAUACACUUUCGAUGUAAAAUAGACACUUUGUUGUAAUUACACCUUUGUCGUAUAGGUAGUUACCCCCUUUACUUUCAUAUUUACGUUGCUAGUAACUAUCUGAAUAGCUAAAACAGCAUUAGCCUAGUGCUAGGCUAACAUCCCCAACCAUGAGCUCACUAAGCUACUUUCCCCCUGGUAAAGAAGAGGAGAAAGAAGAAGAGACUUUUAUAAAGAAAGUUAAGGGUGAGGCUGUUACAGUGAAAGAAGAAGAGACUGUUAAAAGAGAAGUAGAGGGUGAGGCUGUAACGGUGAAAGAAGAGACUGUUAAAAGAGAAGUAGAGGGUGAGGCUGUUACAGUGAAAGAAGAAGAGACUGUUAAAAGAGAAGUAGAGGGUGAGGCUGUAACGGUGAAAGAAGAGACUGUUAAAAGAGAAGUAGAGGGUGAGGCUGUUACUGUGAAAGAAGAAGAGACUGUUAAAAGAGAAGUAGAGGGUGAGGCUGUAACGGUGAAAGAAGAGACUGUUAAAAGAGAAGUAGAGGGUGAGGCUGUUACUGUGAAAGAAGAAGAGACUGUUAAAAGAGAAGUAGAGGGUGAGGCUGUAACGGUGAAAGAAGAGACUGUUAAAAGAGAAGUAGAGGGUGAGGCUGUUACUGUGAAAGAAGAAGAGACUGUUAAAAGAGAAGUAGAGGGUGAGGCUGUUACUGUGAAAGAAGAGGAAGAUGUUACUGUGAAAGAAGAGGAUGCAGUUGAAAGAGUGAAAGAGGAGGAGGAGGAGAUGACUGUCACGGUGGAAGAAGGAGAGGAGGAGGAGACAGGAGAUCGGAUUAACACAAUGAGACCAGACUCAGAGGAACCAGAGCCAGAGACGUCCAAUCCAACAAGACUACAUCACUGUUCCCAGUGUGGAAAGAGUUUUAGAUGGCUAUGGUGCCUGAAAAGACAUGAGAGAAUACACACAGGAGAAAAGCCUUACCAAUGCUCCCUGUGUGGAAAGAGUUUUACCCGGUCAGGUCAACUAAAAUUACAUCAGAGAACAAACACUGGAGAAAAGCUUUACCACUGCUCCCACUGCGGAAAUAAUUUUACCUGCUUAGCGAACCUGAAAGAACAUGAGAGAAUACAUACAGGAAAAAACCUAUACCGCUGCCUCCACUGUGGACAGAGUUUUACCCAAUCAGGGGACCUAAAGGAACAUGACAGAACACAUAUAGGAGAAAAGCCUCACCAAUGCUCCCAAUGUGGAAAGUUUUUUACGUGGUUACAGAGCCUGAAACAUCAUCAAAGAAUACACACAGGAGAAAAACCUUCAAAUACAGGAGAGGAGCCGUCACACACAGGAGAAAAAUCUUCACAUACAGGAGAGAAGCCUUACCACUGCUCUCAAUGUGGAAAGACUUUUAACUGGGAAGGACACCUGAAAUCACAUGAGAGAACUCACACUGGACAGAAGAUUUUCCAUUGCUCUCAUUGUUCAAUGACAUUUCCCCGGUUAGCGGCCUUGAAAUCACAUGAGAGAGUUGAGAGGCUAGUUUCUAAGUUAAAGUACUAAGCUAAAUGCUAAGAUAAAUGCUAAGCUAAGAAUGUGAGAUUUUGUGUUUUUGUUUAUGCCAUGAAAUCAACUUGGUUAAAGCUUAUUAUGGCUGAGGUUCUAAUAGAAGCGAAGCGCGCUUGACAGCUGGCAAUUAGACUUUUAAAAGUAAUUUUCCCAGUACUUUGUUGUCACACUCUCCAGAAUAAUUUAAAGAGUGAAGAAUAUGUUAUAAAAAAAUAAUAUCUUCACCUUUAAACUCUGAAUCAUUGACAGUUUACAGCCAGACUACAGAAAGAAAUAAGUCUAAUAAGGCCUAGUUAUGGGAGUGUUGGGAAUUUAGGUUGUUCGACCUCACAGAAAGAACUGGCUUCCAGCAAACAGUUAUGGCAAAGCUUUGUCCAAUUUCAAAUCAAAUCAAAAUGUGCCGAAUACAACAGGUGAAAUGCUUAUUUUACGAGCCCCUAACCAACAAUGCACUUAAAAAAAAUAUGAAUAAGAAUAAGAAAUAAAAGUGACAAGUAAUUAAAGAGCAGCAGUAAAAUAAUAAUAGUGAGACUAUAUACAGGGGGGUACCGGUACAGAGUCAAUGUGCGGGGGCACCGGUUAGUUGAGGUAAUUGAGGUAAUAUGUACAUGUAGGUAGGGUUAUUAAAAUGACUAUGCAUAGAUGAUAACAACAGAGAAUAGCAGCGGUGUAAAGGAGGAUGGGGGCGGGCAAUGCAAAUAGUCUGGGUAGCAUUUUGAUUAGAUGUUCAGGAGUCAUAUGGCUUGGGGGUAGAAGCUGUUUAGAAGCCUCUUGGACCUAGACUUGGCACUCCAGUACCGCUUGCCAUGCGGUAGCAGAGAGAACAGUCUAUGAUUAGGGUGGCUGGAGUCUUUGACAAUUUUUAGGGCCUUCUUCUGACACCGCCUGGUAUAGAGGUCCUGGAUGGCAGGAAGCUUGGCCCGGUGAUGUACUGGGCCGUACGCACUACCCUCUGUAGUGCCUUGCGGUCAGAUGCUGAGCAGUUGCCAUACCAGGCGGUGAUGCAACCAGUCAGGAUGCUCUCGAUGGUGCAGCUGUAGAACCUUUUUAGGAUCUGAGAACACAUGCCAAAUCUUUUCAGUCUCCUGAGGGGGAAUAGGUUUUGUUGUGCCCUCUUCACGACUGUAUUGUUUGAUAUGCAUACAUUCAUCCUAAAGGUAAAAUAAAAAAUCCUGUUCUCUGUUGUA